AGGACGUGUGAGAUAGUUACAGUUGUGCAGUGGACAGGGCAGGAACUAAGCCGCUUCACCUCCGCUUCUCUCUUAGAAUAUGAUCGUGCAGAUGGGCUUCUGCGUCGAGAGCGUGAUCUUAUUUUUAUGAGAACGGCGCGCGCAGGAAACAAAUAUCUUCUUUCAAAGUGUCGUCGCGCUCACUUUGGCCGGUAAUAGUACGAGACUUGGUGAAAUCAGCGGCUAUAGGGAAACUGAAGUGUUUGUUCCCUGUGGCCACUCUGCCUCCGCUCGCUUGUGAACGGCAGUACAGAAACUUUGCACUGUAGUCGAAGAUUACCUCAGCGCUUUUCUCUCUUUAGCGUGUUACGACGGCAUAUUCCCACUGGAUAAGCGCCGCUUUGAGAGGAAAAACAUCACUUAAAUAUCACAUUUUUCAGCGAUUUUGGAUGCACCGAUGAGAGAUCCAGUUUUUUCAGGCAGUGCCAUGGCUUACCACCCUUUCCACGCUCACCGGCCCACCGACUUCCCCAUGUCAGCGUUCCUGGCGGCCGCUCAGCCCUCCUUCUUCCCGGCUCUAGCGCUGCCGCCCGCCGCUCUCACUAAGCCGCUGCCGGAGCACAGUCUGGCCGGAGCCGCCGAGGCUGCGCUCCAUCCGGCGCUCAGUCACCACCACCAGGCCGCUCAUCUACGCAGCCUCAAAAGUCUCGAGCCGGAGGAAGAGGUGGAAGAUGAUCCAAAAGUCACACUGGAAGCGAAGGAUCUAUGGGACCAGUUCCACAAAUUAGGAACAGAGAUGGUUAUUACUAAAUCUGGAAGGAGAAUGUUUCCUCCCUUUAAGGUCCGAAUAAACGGACUUGACAAAAAAGCCAAAUAUAUUUUGUUGAUGGAUAUCGUGGCCGCUGAUGACUGCCGCUAUAAGUUCCAUAACUCGCGCUGGAUGGUGGCGGGGAAGGCCGACCCGGAGAUGCCCAAGCGCAUGUACAUCCACCCGGAUAGUCCAGCUACAGGAGAGCAGUGGAUGGCAAAACCUGUCGCUUUCCAUAAGCUCAAACUGACGAACAACAUUUCAGACAAGCAUGGAUUUACUAUACUGAAUUCAAUGCAUAAAUACCAGCCUAGGUUCCAUAUUGUGAGGGCCAACGAUAUUCUGAAGCUUCCCUACAGCACUUUCAGGACAUAUGUGUUUCCCGAGACGGAAUUCAUUGCUGUCACUGCUUAUCAAAACGACAAGAUUACACAGCUGAAGAUUGAUAAUAAUCCCUUUGCAAAAGGCUUCAGAGACACAGGAAAUGGAAGGAGGGAGAAAAGGAAGCAGUUAACUCUGCCCUCGUUACACAUGUAUGAGGUUGGUCAGUGUAAAGUGGAUCGGGAAGGAGCAGACUCGGACGCAUCCUCAGGCGAACAGGCUGCAGCCAGGGACUCGGUUCAUUCCCCUCUCGGACCUGCGACGAGUCCUCUCACUUUCACCAGAGCCAACAGAGAGGAUAAAGCUUGCACUGACAGUGAGCAUGAAGCUGAGCAGCAAGAGGAUCGCUGUGGAGGAUCGAGCAGCCCUAAAGCACCAUCUCCAUUCAGCCCCAGAUGUGAGGAGCGGUCGAGAGAGAGACCGAGCCCGGAGAAGAAGGAGGACUAUUCGGAUUCAAGAAAGCAAAACGAGUCCAUAUUUAGCCUAGGCAACCUCGACAAAGACAAACUGGAGAACAAGCACAGGAAAGAUAGUACAGAGUCGUCUAAGAAGGACGUGGACGUUGGGGGUCUAAGCGGAAGUAAAGACAGUUUCUCGCCCCUUAUGGUCCAGACAGAGAGUCCAUCACAUUUCGGAGCAGGGCAUCUGCAGAGUCUGGCUCUCUCUGGCCUGCACAGUCAACAGUUCUUUAACCCCCUGAACACCGGACAGCCUCUGCUCUUUCACCCAGGACAGUUCGCCAUGGGCCCUGGAGCAUUUUCAGCUAUGGGUAUGGGACAUCUACUGGCUUCAGUAUCAGGAGCAAGCGGCUUGGAGAAUGGCAGUCUUCCGGCACAGGGAGCCGGAAGUAGCCCUAAUCCAUUUCCCUUUCCCCUGUCUCAGCACAUGCUAGCCUCUCAGGGUAUCCCCAUGCCUCCAUUCGGUGGUCUGUUCCCCUACCCGUACACGUACAUGGCUGCAGCAGCUGCCGCGGCCUCUGCGCUCCCCGCCAGCAGCUCUUCCUCCUCUCUCUCCCGGAACCCGUUCCUGAACAGCUCACGACCGCGGCUACGCUUCAGCCCCUAUCAGCUUCCAGUGGCUAUUCCUCAAAGCACAAACCUGCUCACCACCGGAUUGCCAGGUGGCCUGAACCCCUCAUCGGAGUCCUCGAAAUCAGGCAGCAGGGAGUCUAGUCCUGUGCCCGAUCAACACAACCACAAAGCCGCGUCCUCUCAGAGAAACAGCUCUCCCAAAGCCACACUGAAGGAGUCCAUCAAUGAACUGCAGAACAUCCAGAGGCUAGUGAGCGGCCUGGAAAGCCAAAGGGAGCCAUCCUCACCCAGGAACUCUCCCAAAUGAGCCAGGAUCAACAAACCUAUCCAGGGCAUGACUUGAACUGGCAGAGGAUGUUAUUAUAAAGUGGCUAUCCGAAGGAUGUUCGUAUACUUUUUUUUAACCCAUGGAUGAUCGCAGUGGCAAUAGCAAACAAGAAGGAGAAAAAAAAAUUAACAAAAUAAUUUGUUGAAUAAGAAUUAACUUGGUGCUCUCGUGGUGGAAACUUGAACAGAUCUUUAAAAAUGCUGCGAAGACAAUCUACUAUCCCCUAUAGCCUAACAGCCUUCAUGGAAAACGUGCUGAAAAAGUUACAACAAUCCAUGAAUGCAAAUCAAAUCAAAAGGCCACUUCUGCAGAAUGUUGUUAGAAAAUGUCACUGCUGGCCACAGAACGGUGGAUAUGGAUCAAACGACACUUACAAACUGUCAACUCAAACUGUAAAUCAAUCAAGCUACAUCCAAAUAAGAAGUGUAUUUUAAAAAGGGAUUGCAAUGAGAGUCAGUGGACUGUUUGUGAUAAUCCGGCGGACACUUGUGUGUGACCUAUUUAAUGUAAUUAAAAAGAAAUCCUGUAAAUAAGCUAUAAGGAUCCAAGAAUAUGCAAAUCGGUAUUAAUUUAUUCACAGCUGUACAUUUGCGUGUAUAUACUAUUUAGAGUUUAACUCUGUGCUUUUUUUUUUUUUCAUUUUACAUGAACUGUAAUACUGUAAAUGAAAGCUCCUUCAUAGCGCUUGUUGGGUUGAAGCAGAUCAUUUCUAUCUGUGAUGCAACGCUGUUUAAUCUGCCUGGGACACGGUAACUGAAGCGUGUGUGUGUGUUUGAAUAGUUAGUUGAAGAACACUCGGGACUACCGUCCAAAUCCGCACACUACUAUACUAAACAGUAUGGCAGUUAAGAGUAGGUCACUACAGGUGUACCAUUAACUGCAGUGCUUCAGAUGGCACACUAUUUAAUAUGCUGGUGUGCGCUUUGAGAGGGCCUCAGGAGAUUCACUCCAGCACACGAGACUUAAAUUCGUCUUCAUGGACUGGAUUAGAGCCCACAUAUGCUUUAGGAAAAUGAACGUGUCGCAUUUGCUGGUUGUUCGGAUUUUUUGUUGUUGGAUUCUCUCACAGUUUCAAUAAAAACGCGUUGAAUUAA